AUGAUCUCCCUUGCGAUGUCAGUUACCAUGGCUAUUGCUGCACCUACUUUGAACACACGUGCCCUAGCUGGUGAUGAUGUCUCUAAUGUGCGCGGACGGGCCCUCGCUGGCGAAGAUGCGGCCCUCGUGAACAAGCGUGCCCUCGCUGGCGAAGAUGCGGCCCUCGUGAACAAGCGUGCUCUUGCUGGCGAAGAUGCGGCCCUCGUGAACAAGCGUGCCCUCGCUGGCGAAGAUGCGGCCCUCGUGAACAAGCGUGCCCUCGCUGGCGAAGAUGCGGCCCUCGUGAACAAGCGUGCCCUCGCUGGCGAAGAUGCGGCUCUCGUGAACAAGCGUGCCCUCGCUGGCGAAGAUGCGGCUCUCGUGAACAAGCGUGCCCUAGCUGGCGAGAACUCCGGUGCCGUCAUCGAUGCUUCCACUAAGCGCGCUAUUGAUGGCGAGGAUAUUGCCGCUAUCAACUAA